AAGGCAAUGAGGGGCCGCGCAUGCGUGACUCCCGCCUUCCUGCCUCCGCCGCGGCCGCCACCACUCCACUCCGUCAUUUUCCUUCACUCCCGCCACAUUAACGCGCUCAGCCACACCAGUCACAAUGGAAGACAAGGAACUGUACAUCGCCGCCCUCGAGAAGAAGCUGGCCGAGCUGUCUGGCAUUGAGGUGGACCAGAUCAAGAAGAACCAGCUGGCCAAUGCAUCCAGCGAGGCGCGAGCCAUCCGUGAGAUGGCGGAGUAUGUGGAGGGCAUCCAAGUGAAGCAGGCAGGGCAGGCUAUUGCGGGGAAGGUCAACCCUCAGGUGGCAGCCAUGUUCGCCCACAUCAAGGCUGAGCUGGGGGAGGAGCGCGGCGCCCAUGCCCUGCCGCCACUGCAGUACGACUACGGUGCGCUUGAGCCCCACAUCUGCACCACCAUCAUGCAGAUCCACCACACCAAGCAUCACCAGGGCUACAUCAACAACCUCAAGGCAGCCGUGGAGAAGCUCGUUGAGGCGGAGAAGGCCAACGACACCGCAACCAUCAACAACCUUCUCCCGGCCAUCAAGUUCAACGGCGGCGGCCACCUCAACCACACCAUCUUCUGGACUAACAUGGCCCCCAACGCUGGCGGGGAGCCGUCCGGGCCCAUCGCCGAGGCCAUCAAGAAGGACUUUGGUUCCUUCCAGUCCUUCAAGGAGAAGUUCUCUGGCGCCAGUGUUGGGGUGAAGGGCUCGGGCUGGGGCUGGCUCGGCUACUGCUCCAAGAAUGACAAGGUCGUGGUCGCCACCUGCCAGAACCAGGACCCCCUGCAGCUCACACACGAGCCGAGCGUGAGUGAAAACACAAGUGAAAACGGGAAUAAGUCUUGGUUCAAUAGCAGGUGUGAGGCAGCAAAGAAAGCAAAGGAUUUAGCCUGGAAGACAGCAAGAAGGAGAAACAGCGAUAAAGCACGGAUUGCGUACAAAACAGCUAGAAAUGAAUACGUAAGAAUUCGCAGAGAGGAGAAAGGAAGAUAUGAAAAAGGCUUGGUGCCGCUGCUUGGUCUGGACGUGUGGGAGCACGCCUACUACCUCCAGUACAAGAACCUGCGCGCCGACUACGUCAAAGCCUUCUUCAACGUCAUCAACUGGGCCAACGUCAAUGACCGCUACGAGGCUGCCCGCAAGGCUGCCGGCCAUUGACUCGCACGGUCCCCCACCCCACCGGCCCGCCUCUAGCCUCCACUUGCUAAUGCCUUGGCCAGUGUCUGCUACAUAGUCUUGUACUUUUUUGUUGUGUGUGUGUUGAAGGUUCUGUAGCCUCCUCCUUUUGUCAAUGACUGAAGGUAGUUUGUGUUUUGUUUUCGUUUCACUUAGGUAAAGAUCAGAAGGUAAAUAAUACUUGAUUUAGUCAGUGUGGUUCUAAGGGAUUGGACUUGGUAACAGGACCUUCAAUAAUUUGUGAGUAAGAAAGAACUGCUUGGGAUGUAGCUCCUUGCAUGUGGUUGGCAGCCUGCCUCGAGAGGCCUUCACAUAUUCUUGCCUAUUGGUGACUCAUAUCCAUAUCCGGUGUUCAUGUUAUACAGAAGAAUGUAUCGGAAGUCAAUAAAUAAACUAUUUUGAAAACGUCA